AACUUUAUUUCAACGGGAGCAUAUUUUUUGGCCGCAAAGUGUCAUGCAUAUUUGUGAAGUGGACAACCGAACCAAAGUGGGUCGUGUACCCCGUGCGUGCCCUCGUUGGCGUCACCACCGGUACGUGUCUCCAUCGCACAGCUAUGCCCGAGCAACCGCAGUGGCUGGAAGGAUCAACUGGGAAAAGGAUAAAUCAACGGCGCCACCGUAGCCAUUGAUAUUUGAGAGAAAGCAUUCCGAGUAUGAACCUUUCGUGGGAUUCUACGCGGCAGCUGCUUCCUGUCCCCGACAUUGACGAGAUCGGUGAGCAUGUGAAAAGGGCGCCCGGCUUGAACGCUUAGCCAACUUCGUCCAGCACAGCCGCUGAGAAGAGCUGGCGGUAUGUCAGGAAGGAGGAGGGCCUCAGCAUGCGGAACACCUGGCGGUCGUAGUCACGUGGUGACGUCUGCGCAGGCGAAUCGCCACCCCGACGAAAGACACAAGGUCUCCAUGGAAAUGUACAGGAAGUACGGACCCAUUUACGUCGAGAGGCUACAGGGUCGGUACUCGCUGGUGCACAUCGUCAAAGGCACGGACGUACGGAAGCUACACCAGGAAGAAGGCAAAGAACCGUUCAGGUUGGGAGCGACGCCCUUGAAGCACUACCGUACGUCCAGGCCCGAAUACUACGUCGACGCCGGUCUUCUAAAUCUCCAAGGCAAAAAGUGGCAGAGGGUCCGGUCGAGCACGCAGCCACACACCCUGAAAGUUCGAACGGCAAUGGCAUACGUGCCAGCCAUGCACAGAAUCUCCGACGAAGCUCUGACUCUCAUUGAUGAGGUCAUGGACAAAAACGGCAAAGUAAAGAACUGCUUUCGAAUCCUCCAGCAAUGGGCCCUGGAAAGUAUAGCUUCCGUCACCGCCGACAUGAAACUGUGCUGUUUGAAGGACCCGCUUGACCCAACAUCUGACGGUGCCGCCAUACUAGAGGACAUAAAAACUGCUUUUACUUGCAUACAAAAGCUCGGCUACCGGUUUCCGUACUUCCACUACUUGGGGACGCCCACUUGGCGACGUUUCGAGAAAGCUAUGGACGACUUCACCAAGCGCACAUACCGUCAGAUUGAAGAAGCGGCCCGGCGUAUAGAAUGUCAAAAGCUGGAAAGCGAGUCAACAGUAUUGCGACGCCUGCUACUUGAAAAGAAGUUGACCUUCGGAGAAAUUUUCACAUUCACUAGCGAUUUCAUUCUCUCAGGCGUUGAUACGACAGCGUUUGCCACAACUUGCUUGUUGUUCCAAUUAGCGAAGAAUCGAGAAGCUCAGCAGAAAGCACGCUCUGAAAUUCUGGAUGCUGCUCGGGAAAAUUCGGGCUUCAUAGCACCAGAACAACUUGAGAAAAUGCUGUUCCUCAAGGCGUGCCUCAGAGAAAGCCUAAGGUUGAACCCACCUGCUCCAGGAAUUUACAGAAUACUGGACCAUGACGUUGUGAUGUCAGGCUACAUGGUCUCAGCUGGGGUGCCUAUCUUUGUAGAUUACUACGUCGCUGGACGCAUCAAUGAAAAUUUUAGCCAUCCUGAGCUGUUCCUACCUGAGCGCUGGCUGAAAGAGCAGCCAGAAAACCUGCACCAUGACAGAUACGCAUCCCUUCCGUUUAGCUUUGGACCGCGGAUGUGUCCUGGCCGAACAAUAGCGGAGCUCCACGCAUGCCUUCUUGUAGCCAAGAUUUUGCUGAAGUACGAGGUUCAUUGUGAGAAAGAAGACAUUGGGUUUCAUGGACGGUUGGGCAACGUACCGAAUGACUCAGUCGACUUCUCUCUCAAAAACGUUUCUACGCCAGCUGUAUUAAAAAUGGUUUAAUGAGCAGGUGUUAGGUGUCACUCUAAGCAUACUGCGCUGAGGCAUCGUGGUGGUACACUAUAAUGACAACCUGUAAUUAGGGUAUUGAAUUAACUAAUAAAACCACUGUUUG